AUGAUCACCAAGGAGACGGUGGCAGACUCUUUCAUCGAUAUUCUCAGGAAGAGACGUCCCUUCAAGAAGUAUCCUCCUAUGACCGAUAGGUAUUCCAACCUCCUCUCCAAGUACGACCCCAAGCUGUGCGAACUCUCCCUAAUGGAUAGGGCGAGAAGGAAUUGUCGCGUCGAUCUGCAUGCGGAUGUCCUGAGGCAGUACACGGAGAAGGGCUUCGCUGAGGCCGGCGUCGACUUCACCGACGGCGUCAAGAAGAUCUUCGUCCUUCCCCAGCCCCAGCAACAAGUGAUAUGA